AUGGUGGAUCAAGUAAGGCGCAAAGAAACACUCGCACCUCGACUGAAAAUACGGUUCCCCGGUUGGUUUGACAAUGAGGAUUUGAUCAAGGGGUGCGGACGAACACUGAUCGGGAGGGUGCAUGAAUCCUACGGUGCAGGAGAUGAAGUCUCUCCUCUUCAUGUUGCCAAGCAGAAUUUGAGAGGUGGAAGAGCGCGAGUGGCAUGGGGCAAACCUAGGGUAUGGGCAGGUUCCAGUUCGAUUACGAUGAGGAGGAGGAUAUCCAAGCGGUGUUACAGAUGGAACCCUUUCACUUCGAUUGAUGGAUGGUGGUGCUUGUAA